UUAAAUCAUCAAAGUUUGAAGUUAAUCCAAAAGAAAAACAAAAAGAACAAGUUUCAGCGAAGGCAAAGCAAAGAAGAAAAAAAAAUGGCAAAGAACCUCAUCAACUCCGUCAGCUUCACUGUUCUCUUGGUUGUCCUCCUGAUGGCUUCAACCGGAAUCCUCAAUAGCGAGGCUACAUGCCCAGGAUGUACUUCACCUGUGUUCCUCGACGAGUGCCCGUCCGCCCACGGAACCAAUAAUGAAGAGUGUUGUAAGUGUUGCGCAGCCAACUACCCUACUGCUUGCGGCGGGGUUAUUGAGGGAACUGACAAACACUGCCACUGCAAGAAAAAUGCUUGAAAGAACCUCAACAUAUAAUUACCAAGUGUGACUUUUGUUUCCAUAUUCGGUGUGAGGACAUAACAUUUGUGUGUGUUUAUGUUCAAGUUUCUUUUGCUUCCAAAUAAUACAUCAAGGGAAAAGCUUAUCAUUGCUUGCCCCCCUAUGUACGUAAUCUCAUGUUCUCUACACUUUUUAUUUCAAUCAUGAAAUAUAAUAUAUACUCAUUACUCGUUUUGUA